GCCGGUCUCUUGCGUCAUCUCGGUGCGCCCGGGGUAGAAUGCGGCGGCUGGACGUCGCGUUGGUGACGUAGUACACCUUUGCAGCGAGCUGAGUGACCUCAUAGAAACGGGCUGUGACGCGGUGCUGAAGCGGGGGAGACUAUUUGUGGAUGAGAAGACAGAGCAGGAGCUUUCCAGGGUGCAGUUUUCCACCUAUGAAACCUCCCAGUAGACACGCGCAAAAUUUUGAUGCCUGCCUCUGAGCCCCUCCCCCUUUACCACUAUGCCUGCCGCAACAGUGGACCACAGCCAGCGGAUCUGCGAAGUCUGGGCUUGCAACCUGGAUGAACAGAUGAAGACAAUCCGUCAAGUUAUACGCAAGUAUAAUUAUGUUGCAAUGGACACAGAGUUUCCAGGAGUAGUUGCGAGACCAAUCGGAGAGUUCAGGAGCAACGCUGACUAUCAGUACCAACUUUUACGCUGUAAUGUGGACUUACUGAAGAUAAUUCAGCUGGGGUUGACAUUUAUGAAUGAGCAAGGAGAAUACCCACCAGGAACCUCAACAUGGCAAUUUAAUUUUAAAUUUAAUUUAACGGAAGAUAUGUAUGCACAAGACUCCAUAGAGCUACUCAAUUCAUCUGGGAUCCAGUUUAAAAAGCAUGAGGAUGAGGGCAUUGAAACUCACUAUUUUGCAGAGUUGUUCAUGACCUCUGGAGUGGUGCUUUGUGAAGGAGUAAAAUGGCUUUCUUUCCACAGUGGCUAUGAUUUUGGCUAUCUAAUAAAGAUACUGACUAAUUCAAACUUGCCUGAGGUUGAGCUGGACUUCUUUGAAAUACUUCGGCUAUUUUUUCCAGUUAUAUACGAUGUCAAAUAUCUCAUGAAAAGCUGCAAAAACUUAAAGGGUGGACUGCAAGAAGUGGCUGAACAGCUGGAGCUGGAGCGGAUAGGACCUCAGCACCAAGCAGGCUCGGACUCUUUACUGACAGGAAUGGCAUUCUUCAAAAUGAGAGAAAUGUUCUUUGAAGAUCAUAUAGAUGAUGCAAAAUAUUGUGGUCACUUGUAUGGCCUGGGAUCUGGAUCAUCGUAUGUUCAGAAUGGCACAGGGAAUGCCUAUGAAGAGGAAGCCAACAAGCAAUCAUGACCUCCAAAAUGCAGCUAGCACUUUUCAUUGCCAAGUUCUAUUCCUUUCUCCAUGUUUUAUCUCUGGUUACAUUGGUUGGACAUCUACGCACUCAUCUCUCAACAGCAUUUACAGUAUUUCCUGUCCUCUUUUGUACCCAUACAGAACCACCUAGCCCUGAAACAGCAUGGAUGCGUAAUCUGAUUAGAUCCAUAGCCAUCAUCUCGCUGCCUACCCAGGAUUUUUCUUCAAAAGUAUUUAUGAAGGUGAUAAUCUUGGCCCCUUGGGGUUGGGGUGGUGCAACCGUCUGAACAUCUUCAUAGCACUUCAAGGCAGUGUAAUGGAUGUCAGGUGACAAUUGUUCCACCUUUUUGCUCUUAAGGUGGCCGAAGAGCAUUGUAGGUCUUGUUGAUCUUUUGAUGUCAAUUUACCAGCUUUUCACAUCUUCAGCUUUUUGUGCACCCCUUCUACCUGUCUUAUGGAGCAAAUUUUGCACCUACCAAGGGCAUAAUUAGGUGCAUUAAUUAAAGCUCUAAAAUGUAUGUGUAUAGUGCAAUUGAGGAACCAACGCAUAAAACAUAAAACAAAUCUGCCUUCAGGUUGACAGCUGAAUGUAAAGCUGCUAGCUUUCUCAAGCAAAAAAAAAUCCAACUUCUCCAAUUUUUUUUCUUGCACUCGUAUGAAUCUCAGCACUUAACUUUUAUCCUUAAAUUCGUGUUUACAGUCACCAUUUUUAUUUUUAUGAAAUUAUAUUUAUUAAGAGCUUAAUUUUGGAUCUCCAAAAUGAAUCGCUGGAAACAAUAUAUGGCCUGAUAGAAAUAUUCCGUAAAAGUACAAUCGAACAGUUCAGCAAGUGAAAACAAAACUUUAACUGCAGUGGAUUUGAUGAGGAAAAUACAAUACACCUUUUUGUAUUGCUACAGAAUUGUAAUUAUUUGUUGCAACAACAAAAAAACUAAGAUUGUUUUUGGAUGGGCAUUGAUCAGCAUACCAGGUGUUGAUGAAUUAUAAUGACUAUGAUGUUACUCAGUCUAUUGUUGGCCUUAUGGAAGAAGGUGAAUGGACAACCUCAAAGGUUCCAGCAUUCACCUCUCCCCAGGGCGACUGAUCAACAUUGCAGGUCUUGUUGAUGCUUUCGUUCCUUUUGACAGUAUCUUUUCAAUAUAUAUUUUUUAUAUUGUCAGAGACAUGAAAUUAUCUUUCAUGGCCCUCCCAUUCAAUGCUGUCAUUAGAUUUUCUUUUCGAGUGGGUUAAUGAUGUAUUUCUCUACAAAAUUACAUGUGUGUUUUUAUCCACACACUGUUGACCCCUGUUCAAUACAUGAAAAGUUGUCAUUCAGUACUUCUUACCUUUAUACUUUGUAAUAACUUGAUUUUUUUUCUUUCCAGAUAAGUUACAGUGUUGUAACGGUGUGAUCCUUUUUAAUGCAUAUAAAAAAAAAGAAAAAAAAAUGUUUGCAAACAAAGGAUAUUUGUUUUUAGAGCUUUUGUAAAUAAAGGCUUAAAAAAA